AUGACCUUGACCGACGAAUAUGUCGAACACACAGUCGACGCUAUAUCACAGUGCCAGAACCAUCCGAGUAUCCUUCCUAACCGAGUUUUUGUUCUCGGACAUAGCCUCGGCGCGGUGGUUGCUCCCAUAAUCGCGGCUAUGGAUGCUUCGGUUGCAGGCUGUGUUAUCAUGGCUGGACCGGCGGAGCCAAUAUAUCGAUGUCUAAUCCGACAGCUUCGCUAUAUGCAAUCGUUGGAUGGUCCAGAAGCAUUAUAUCUAAGCAAGCAGAUUGGCGAAGCGCAGGUGCAGGCCGAUUUAGCAGAUAGUGAUCAUCUCACGUUGUCAACGCCCGCUAAGCAACUUCCCUUUGGGAUGGGUCCGUCUUAUUGGCUUGACUACCGCAAGUUCAACCCCAUUGGAACUGCGAGCUCUAUGAAGAAACCUAUUCUCAUCAUGCAGGGUGGCAGGGACUAUCAGGUCACCGUUCAAGAUGAUUACCAACAAUGGCACACGGCUCUCCACGGAAAACACAAUGUCCAGUUCCAUUUAUAUGAACAACUAAACCAUCUUUUCAUUGCGGGAAAAGGGCCAUCAACACCACUCGAAUACCGUGUUCCAGGCAACAUAGAUGAGCAAGUUAUCAUUGAUCUUGCCAAAUGGGCCUGGGAUAUCUGUCAGGUGGUCAAACGGAUUGAGCAGGUGGCUGGCAGUCACCUGGAAGAACUGUACAUGCUCUACGAAUCGAAAACCGUCGUAGAUAUUGAUACGGAUGAAGAAACGGUUAUUUCUCUUGCUCCUGAAAAAGCCUCUUUAUAUGUCUUUUAG